AUGCCAAGGAAGCUUAGGACGUUCUCGAGGUCACACAUGAAGGAGAUGAGGAAGUAAAGACUGCUAAGUAUCAAAUCCUUAUGACUCAAUAUGAAAAUCUACGCAUGGAUGAGAAAGAAAAAAUCACUGAAUUUCAUGGAAGAGUUAGAGAUAUUGCGAAUCAGGCUGCACAUCUAAAUGAGCCCAUCCCUGAGAACAAGUUAGUUCUCAAGGUGCUAAGGUCACUUCCUAAAGAAUAUGACAUGGACGUCAAAGCAAUCAGACGAUCUCACAAUAUCAAGACCAUAACCCUCGAUGCACUUAUGGGAAUACUGGAGUCAAUUGAACUCGACAUGGCAGAGGACAAUAAAUGGCGUAAACCGGACAAGCAAAUUGCAUUUCCCAGCACUGAGGCAGAAGAUGACAGUGAACGUGAUUUGUCACUGGACAAAGAUUUCUAGAAGCAGUUAUCCCUUUUCACAUGGUAAUUCAAGAAACAAUGGGCUCAAAAGAGAGCAAAUCAAAAGCUGGAAGGUAU